AAUUGUUUAAAAGGAAAUAUAAAUUCAACUUUUCCGUAUAAUGUGACGUAAUUGAAGCACUGAUUGGAUUUUAUUGAUAGUUAAACGAAUUCUGUUGCUUAUCGGCUGAUGGUACGAAGUGACAUUCGCCGUUUUUAUUGUUGGCGGGAAGACGUUUUUGAAUACGGAUUUUUUUUUAUGCGGCUAUGAGUGUUGUGUUGUGGUACGGUUUUAUUUUUUGAUGUUGACAAUUGCUUUUUUAGUUGGAGUUGUUUUUUUUUGUUACAUUUUAAAGUUCUUGUUAAAAAUCGAGGAUAACAAAGGCGAAUCGGAACAAAAUAUGGAGCAGGCUGAGCAGGAGCAGGUGCGCUGCUCUUCCAGUGAGAGCGAUAACUUUGAAAAAAUAGAUUCCGAAGAAGCGAAACAAGAAUCCAACGGAAACUCAAAUUUCGUGGUCGGCGAUGAAGCGUCAGACGGUGACCAACAUGACGAGGGACCAUCGCACGAAGGCGGCGACGUCUUCCCAAACGCACCCCCUCCAAAUCUACGCCCUAAGCUGACAGUGGCCCAGCAGCUAGCACUCGCUGAAAAGCGAAGCAAACUCAGGCCAUCUAUGUCCCAAGGCACAGUUAUACACAGCCAGCGCUUCCAAGAGAAAGAUUUUACUGUUGCAACACCGGAAGAAUUUGUUCGUCGUUUCCAAGGGACAAAAUCUAUUAAUAAGGUAUUGAUAGCUAACAACGGUAUCGGCGCUGUAAAAUGUAUGCGUUCAAUACGAAGAUGGUCGUACGAGAUGUUCAAGAACGAGAGGGCUAUACGAUUCGUGGUUAUGGUGACACCGGAAGACUUGAAAGCGAACGCGGAGUACAUCAAAAUGGCCGACCACUACGUGCCCGUGCCCGGGGGGUCGAAUAACAACAAUUAUGCCAACGUCGAAUUGAUCGUGGACAUAGCUGUGAGAACUCAAGUUCAGGCUGUCUGGGCUGGUUGGGGUCACGCUUCAGAGAACCCUAAGCUGCCGGAGAUGCUCCAUCGAGCUGGCGUGGUCUUUAUCGGUCCGCCGGAGAAAGCUAUGUGGGCUUUGGGAGACAAGAUCGCCUCUUCAAUCGUGGCUCAGACUGCUGAUAUACCCACCCUACCCUGGAGUGGCAGUGAAUUGAAGGCCGAGUACAACAGUAAAAAGAUCAAAAUAUCAUCGGAGCUGUUCGCGCGCGGCUGCGUCACGUCGCCGGAGCAGGGCCUGCAGGCCGCCCAUAAGAUCGGAUUCCCCGUCAUGAUAAAAGCGUCGGAAGGUGGUGGGGGUAAAGGUAUUAGGAAAGUCGAAAAUCCUGAUGACUUCAACAAUAUGUUCCGACAGGUUCAAGCUGAAGUCCCCGGAUCCCCGAUAUUCGUCAUGAGACUAGCAAGAUCAGCUCGGCAUUUGGAAGUACAGCUUUUGGCUGACCAGUACGGUAACGCGAUAUCUCUGUUCGGACGCGACUGUUCCAUCCAGCGUCGUCACCAGAAGAUCAUAGAGGAGGCUCCGGCCGCCAUUGCUAAGCCCGAUGUCUUCAUUGAGAUGGAAAAGGCCGCAGUCCGGCUCGCCAAGAUGGUGGGCUACGUGAGCGCGGGUACGGUGGAGUAUCUGUACGAGCCGCUCACCGGCAGCUACUUCUUCCUCGAGCUGAACCCGAGGCUGCAGGUGGAACAUCCGUGCACGGAGAUGGUAGCGGACGUGAAUCUGCCCGCCGCGCAGCUCCAGAUUGCCAUGGGACUGCCACUCUACCACAUCAAGGACGUCAGGCUGCUGUACGGAGAGUCCCCCUGGGGCAUGACACAGAUUGACUUUGACGAACCCAAGCAGAGGCCGUCGCCGUGGGGUCACGUGAUCGCUGCUAGAAUUACAUCCGAGAACCCCGACGAAGGUUUUAAGCCAUCGUCCGGUACGGUCCAGGAGUUGAACUUCCGGUCUUCGAAGAACGUGUGGGGAUACUUCAGUGUUGCGGCUUCAGGUGGUCUUCACGAGUUCGCCGAUUCUCAGUUCGGACAUUGCUUUUCGUGGGGCGAGACCAGGGAGCAGGCGCGAGAAAAUUUGGUAAUCGCUCUUAAGGAAUUGAGCAUUCGUGGUGACUUCCGAACGACCGUCGAAUAUCUGAUCACAUUGCUGGAGACUCCGUCCUUCCAAGAUAACAAUAUCGAUACUAGCUGGCUGGAUGCACUCAUCGCUGAAAGGGUUCAAGGCGAGAAGCCAGACGUGAUGCUGGGCGUCGUCUGCGGCUCAAUACUCAUAGCGGACAGCAUCAUAACUGCGCACUUCCAGGAGUUCAAGAGUGCUUUGGAGAAAGGUCAAAUCCAAGGGUCGAGUCAGUUGUCCAACUGUGUCGAUGUGGAGUUGAUCCACAGCGGACACAAAUAUAAGGUCCAAGCUACGAAAUCCGGUCCAACUUCCUACUUCUUGUCAAUGAACGGAAGCUUCAAGGAGUUAGAAGUGCAUAAACUCACUGAUGGCGGCACCCUGCUGUCCGUCGACGGCGCCUCCUACACGACCUACUUGCGCGACGAAGUGGACAAGUACCGCAUCGUCAUCGGCAACCAGACGGUCGUGUUCGAGAAGGAGAAGGACCCGUCCAAGCUGCGAGCGCCGUCCGCCGGGAAGCUCAUCAACACGCUGGUGGAGGACGGCGGCCACGUCGACAAGGGGCAGCCCUACGCCGAGAUCGAGGUGAUGAAGAUGGUGAUGACGCUGUCGGCGCCCGAGGCGGGGCGCGUGACGUGGUCGCUGCGGCCCGGCGCCGUGCUGGACAUGGGCACGCUCAUGGGCACGCUGGAACUCGACGAUCCGUCCCUAGUGACAACAGCUCAGCCUUACAAAGGACAGUUCCCGCUGGAGGACAACCCGCAACUAUCGGAGAAACUGAAUCACGCCCACAAUAAAUACAGGGCAAUAUUAGACAACACACUCGCUGGUUAUUGCCUCCCCGACCCGUACAACACGCCGAGGUUGCGAGAGGUCGUCGAGAAGUUCAUGCAGAGUCUGCGAGAUCCUUCAUUACCUCUACUUGAAUUGCAAGAGGUGCUGUCGUCCACAUCCGGCCGCAUACCCCUCUCCGUGGAGAAGAAAGUCCGCAAGCUGAUGGCGCUGUACGAGAGGAACAUCACCAGUGUUCUGGCUCAGUUCCCCAGUCAACAAAUCGCGAGCGUCAUCGACCAUCACGCGGCGUCGUUGGCGAAGAGAGCGGAUCGCGAUGUGUUCUUCAUGAGCACACAAGCCUUGGUCGUCUUAGUGCAGAGAUACAGGAAUGGUAUCCGUGGCCGCAUGAAGGCAGCUGUUCACGAUCUACUCAAGCAAUAUUAUCAGGUCGAGAGUAACUUCCAAUUGGGCUCGUACGACAAGUGCGUGAUGGCGCUGCGCGACCGCCACAAGGACGACAUGCAGCCCGUCGCCAACAUCAUCUUCUCGCACAACCAGGUCGCCAAGAAGAACCUGCUGGUGACCAUGCUGAUCGACCACCUGUGGUCCAACGAGCCCGGGCUGACGGACGAGCUGGCGGCCACGCUCAACGAGCUCACGUCGCUGCACCGCGCCGAGCACAGCCGAGUGGCGCUGCGGGCGCGGCAGGUGCUGAUCGCCGCGCACCAGCCCGCGUACGAGCUGCGCCACAACCAGAUGGAGUCCAUCUUCCUGUCGGCGGUCGACAUGUACGGCCACGACUUCCACCCCGAGAACCUGCAGAAGCUGAUCCUCUCCGAGACGUCCAUCUUCGACAUACUGCACGACUUCUUCUACCACACGAACGCCGCGGUAUGUAACGCAGCGCUGGAAGUAUACGUCCGUCGCGCGUACACGUCCUACGACAUCACGUGUCUGCAGCAUUUGGCGCUGUCCGGCGAAUUGGGGGUCGUUCAUUUCCAAUUCGUGCUACCGACUGGUCAUCCGAAUAGAAUACCAAUAAGUCAAUCGGAGAUCGAGCUGGCGUCAGCCCAGGAUCAGGAAGGCGUUCCCGCGGAGCUGUCCACCGCCGCGAUGAGGAAGUGCCACCACCGCACCGGGGCGCUGGCCGCCUUCGACUCGUUCGAGCAGUUUGUGGAGUACGCGGACGAGCUGCUGGACCUCGUGCACGACUUUGCCAGCUCAGCCACCGUCAGGAAAGAGGAUUUACAAGCGCUGCAGGAUGGCAGUGAAAAUAGGGACAGCACAAGUAUCAACGUUGGGCACGAUUUGAAACCGAACAUUGAGGAAGAAGUGCCGCUGGAGCCGAUCCACAUCCUGAUGAUCGGCGUGCGCGACAGCGGCGAGAGCGACGACGGCGCCGUGUCGCGCCGCUUCGGGCACUUCUGCCGCCUGCACGCGCGCGACCUGGCGCUCAAGCGCAUCCGCCGCAUCACCUUCAUGCUGCUCAUCAAGCGUCAGUUCCCCAAGUUCUUCACGUACCGCGCGCGUAACGACUUCAAGGAGGACACGAUCUAUCGCCACUUGGAGCCCGCCUCCGCGUUCCAGCUGGAGCUUUACCGGAUGAGGAGCUACGACCUGGAGGCUCUGCCGACCAGCAACCAGAAGAUGCACCUGUAUCUAGGGAAAGCCAAGGUAAAGAAAGGCCAAGAGGUUACGGACUUCAGGUUCUUCAUACGUUCCAUCAUCAGGCAUCAGGACCUUAUCACCAAGGAGGCGUCCUUCGAAUAUCUACAGAACGAGGGGGAGAGAGUGCUGUUGGAAGCGAUGGACGAGCUGGAGGUUGCGUUCUCUCACCAGCUCGCGAAGAGGACCGACUGCAACCACAUAUUCUUGAACUUCGGUCCCACCGUCAUCAUGGAUAUCGCUAAGAUCGAAGAGUCGGUGCUCGGUAUGGUGAUGAGGUACGGGCCCCGGCUCUGGAAGCUGAGAGUCCUGCAGGCGGAGAUCAGAUUUACUCUCAGAAUUGGGCCCGGAGCUCCGACGAAGAAUAUCCGUCUCUGUCUCUCAAACGGUUCGGGCUAUUCGUUGGACGUGUACACGUACGAGGAGGUCAUCGACCCGAGGACCGGCGUGAUAAUAUUCCAAUCGUUCGGACCGAAGCAGGGUCCGAUGCACGGUCUCCCGAUAUCGACUCCCUACGUCACAAAAGACUAUUUGCAGCAGAAGAGGUUUUUGGCCACGUCGCAAGGCACCACAUACGUGUACGAUAUACCGGACAUGUUCAGACAAGUGGUUGAGAAGCGGUGGCGGGAGUGCAUCGACGAAGGCACCGUUGAUGGGCCCCCUCCUGACAACGUCAUGAAUUCCGUGGAGCUGGUGAUCGAACCGGACGGCGAGCGGCGCGUGGUGGAAGUCACAAGGCUUCCCGGACAGAACACCGUGGGCAUGGUGGCGUGGCGCCUGUCGCUGUGCACGCCGGAGUGCCCCGAGGGGCGCGACGUGGUGCUCAUCGCCAACGACCUGACGCACUACAUGGGCUCCUUCGGCCCGCAGGAGGACUGGCUCUUCUACCGCGCCUCCGAGUACGCGCGCGAGAGGAAGAUCCCGCGGCUGUACGUGAGCGUGAACUCCGGAGCGCGUAUUGGCGUGGCGGAGGAGCUGAAGGGCGAGUUCCAGGUGGCUUGGGUGGACGGGGAGCGCCCCGAGCGAGGCUUCCGCUACCUGUACCUGUCGCCGGAGGCCUACUCCAGGCUGGCCGCGCUCAAUUGCGUCAAGACGGAGCUCAUCGACGACGAGGGAGAAGCCCGCUACCGCAUCACCGACAUCAUAGGCAAGGAAGACGGUCUCGGCGUGGAAUGUCUGAGAGACGCCGGUCUCAUAGCCGGGGAGACGGCGCAGGCCUACGAAGACAUCGUCACCAUAUCCGUGGUCACGUGCAGGGCCAUCGGUAUCGGAUCCUAUGUGGUCAGGCUCGGGCACCGCGUGAUCCAGGUGGACUCGUCGUACAUAAUCCUGACGGGCUACGCCGCGCUCAACAAGGUGCUGGGCCGCGCCGUGUACGCCAGCAACAACCAGCUGGGCGGCGUGCAGAUCAUGCACAACAACGGCGUCACGCACGCCGUGGCGCCCACCGACCUGGAGGCCGUGCGCACCGCCGUGCGCUGGCUGUCCUACGUGCCCAGGGACAAGACGAGCAUGGUGCCCAUAAUGAAGUGCGCCGAUCCCAUCGACCGGCCCGUGGAGUGGGUGCCCCCCCGCGCCGCACACGACCCCCGCCUCAUGCUGACGGGAGACAACGCGCGGGCCGGCUUCCUGGACGCUGGCUCCUUCGACGAGAUCAUGAAACCUUGGGCGCAGACCGUCAUCACCGGUCGCGGUCGGCUGGGUGGUAUCCCAGUGGGGGUGAUCGCGGUGGAGACGCGAACCGUGGAGAUCACGUUGCCUGCUGAUCCUGCCAAUUAUGACUCGGAAUCGAAGACUGUGCAGCAAGCCGGACAGGUUUGGUUCCCGGACUCAGCGUAUAAGACGGCGCAGGCAAUCAACGACUUCUCCCGAGAGAACCUCCCGAUACUCAUCUUCGCUAACUGGCGAGGCUUCAGUGGAGGACAGAAGGAUAUGUACGAGCAAAUCCUGAAAUUCGGUGCGGAGAUAGUGCGAGCGUUGCGCGGCGCAACCGCUCCCGUGCUCGUCUACAUCCCCCCCGGGGCGGAGCUGCGUGGAGGGGCGUGGGCCGUGGUGGACCCCAGUGUAAACAACCUACGCAUGGAGAUGUACGCUGAUCCGGAGGCCAGAGGCGGAGUCCUGGAAGCUGAGGGCAUCGUCGAAGUCAAAUUCAAGCAGCGAGACAUCUUGAAGACGAUGCACAGACUCGACCCCGAGCUGCUCAGGUUGGGGGCGAGGACGUCGGAGAUCAAGGAUCAAAUAAAAGAGAUAUCGAAAAAUCUAGACCGACGCGGUUCGAUAGACGACGUUCUCAUCAAGACGGAGGCCGGGAAACAGGCUGAAAGUCGAGUCCGUGAGUUGGACACCGAGCUGGUAGCAGCCGAUAAGACUAUGAAGGCGAGGGAGAAGGAACUGGCGCCCAUAUACCAUGAAAUCGCAGUCCAGUUUGCAGAGCUGCACGACACGGCCGAGAGGAUGCUGGAAAAGGGCUGCAUAUUCGACAUCAUCCCAUGGCGGUCGUCGCGGCGCCUGCUGCACUGGCGCCUGCGCCGCCUGCUGCGCCAGAACGCGCAGGAGCGGCGCGUGCAGGCGGCGGCGGGGCCCGAGCCGCUGGACCAGCGCGCCGCCGCCGCCACGCUGCGCCGCUGGUUCACGGAGGACCGCGGCGAGACGCAGUCGCACCAGUGGGAGCACGACAACGAGGCCGUCUGCCGCUGGCUCGAGGCGCAGGCCGACGACCACGACUCGGUGCUCGAGCGCAACCUGCGCGCCAUCAAGCAGGACGCCGUCGUGCAGACCGUCAACCGCCUCGUCAUGGAGCUGACGCCGUCUCAGCGCACGGAGUUCGUGAGAAAACUCACGACCCUCGGGAUGGAACCGGACUUCAGCAACUGAUCGUCGCCGGCGACAGUUUUGCGAGGAAAAUGCAUCCUAUUUGUUAUGUAGUGAAGUCGAGAAUUGAUUGUAAUGUUGGGAUUUUAUAAAUACUAUUUAUUUUGUAUACUUUUAGUUGUUCAAUUGUCUUCUCGAUCGUCGAAGGUUGCCGAGGAGCACGUGACACGUGA